UCCCCGCCGCGAGCUCGGCGCCGGAUCCUGUCUGUGCGGGUCGGCAGCCGAGUCCACCCCCGACGCUCUGAGGUCACCGACGGGGCCGGGCUGCGGGGGCGGAGGGACGGAGGGAAGAUGGCGGCCGAGGCCGGAUAUUGGCGCCGCCUCCCGCAAUCCUGGAGCCGACGCAGAUGAGGCGGCUCGGCUGGGCCAGAGGCGCUUUGGAAGCGGAGCAGGGGUGGACCCUGGUGGUGGGGCCUGGCCCUGCUAUAUGCCGGCGCCUCGGCUAGAGUGAGCAGCAACGGCGGCGGCGGCGGCGGCGGCGACGCCUCUUUCCCGGUCGCUGGGAGUCCGAGUGGGUAGCUGGCGGCGGAGGCGGCGGAGGGGUCGGGAUGGAGGACAUUAACUCCAACGUGAACGCGGACCAGGAGGUGCGGAAGCUGCAGGAGCUGGUGAAGAAGCUGGAGAAGCAGAAUGAACAGCUGAGGAGCCGCUCCGGGGCCGUGCAGGGCGCCGGCUCCCUCGGGCCCGGCAGCCCGGUUCGGCUCGGCUCGUCCACUCCGUCCUCCGGCGCGGCGUCUCCCCGGGGCUUCCCCUUGGGCCUCAGCGCCAAGUCGGGCAGCGGCACCGGGUCGGGCCCGAGGCGGACGAGUGGCGAGGAGCUGCGGGACGCGACCUCCUUGCUGGCCGCGGGCGAGGGCGGCUUGCUGGACGAGGUGGAGCCGCUUCGGCCCGACGAGCUGGAGCGCCUGUCAGGCUGGGAGGAGGAGGAGGAGAGCUGGUUAUAUUCAUCACCAAAGAAAAAACUUACACCAAUGCAGAAGUCUGUUAGUCCAUUAGUUUGGUGCAGGCAAGUUUUGGAUUACCCAAGUCCUGAUGUUGAAUGUGCUAAAAAGUCUCUUAUCCACAAACUUGAUCAAACUAUGUCAGCUCUCAAGAGGCAGAAUUUAUAUAAUAAUCCUUUCAACUCCAUGAGUUACACAAGUCCUUACAGUCCAAAUGCAAGUAGCCCAUACAGCAGUGGUUUCAAUUCUCCAUCCUCAACCCCUGUGCGACCUCCUAUAGUCAAACAGCUUAUACUUCCUGGAAAUUCAGGUAAUUUGAGAAGUUCAUCAGACAGAAAUCCUCCGCUCAGUCCUCAGUCCUCCAUAGACAGUGAGUUAAGUGCUUCAGAAUUAGAUGAAGAUUCAAUUGGAUCCAAUUAUAAGUUAAAUGAUGUAACUGAUGUACAAAUUCUAGCACGGAUGCAGGAAGAAAGUCUCCGACAAGAGUAUGCAGCUACCACAUCUCGGCGCAGUUCUGGCUCAUCUUGCAAUUCUACAAGACGGGGUACUUUUAGUGAUCAGGAACUUGAUGCACAAAGUUUAGAUGAUGAAGAUGACAAUAUGCAUCAUGCAGUAUACCCUGCUGUUAACAGGUUUUCACCAUCACCACGCAAUUCACCUCGACCAUCACCUAAGCAGUCACCCAGAAAUUCACCUCGUUCACGCUCUCCUGCUCGGGGAAUAGAAUAUAGUAGAGUGUCCUCACAGCCUAUGAUUACCCGCUUACAACAACCUCGCCUUUCACUUCAAGGCCACCCCACGGAUCUACAGACAAGUAGUGUUAAAAAUGAAGAAAAACUAAGACGUAGUCUUCCAAACCUGUCCCGAACAUCUAAUACACAAGUUGACUCAGUGAAAAGCAGCAGAAGUGACUCAAACUUUCAAGUGCCAAAUGGAGGAAUACCUCGCAUGCAACCUCAGGCUUCAGCCAUACCUUCUCCAGGCAAAUUCCGCCCUCCUGCAGCACCAUCUCCUUUGGCUCUCCGGCAGCCAGUAAAAGCAUUUAGUAACCACGGCUCUGGUUCUUCUGGUAGCCAAGAAACAAUACAGUUCACACAAACCACCUCCUCACCUGGACCUCCCAUGGUUCAGAACACAGUUUCAGCAAAUCCUCCCAGCAAUAUCAAUAGCACCACUCUAACCAGACCUGCAGGGACGACCUCGGUGAGAAGUGGCUUACCCAGACCCAGUGCCCCUUCUGCUGGGGGUAUACCAGUGCCUCGCAGCAAACUUGCACAGCCUGUUCGCAGAUCCUUGCCAGCUCCUAAAACCUAUGGCAGCAUGAAAGAUGACAGUUGGAAAGAUGGAUGUUACUGACCAGCAAAGUCAGGAAUGCAGAGGUCCACAGCUUCAUGGAUACCCCUUCACCAAGAAAAAAGGCAACUUUUUAUAUGCAGACUGUUCAGAUAAGACUCUUGGGGUUUAUAAAAUCCCAGCCCUCUCUGUCUUAAUUAGCACAAACUGACAGAGAUGAUCAAGCAGCACUUUAAUGACAUUUAACAUCAGAUGUGUUUGGUAAUCAUACAAUCACUCUUCAUGGAAUCACUUUUAGUUUUUGCUUUAUAGAAGCUAAAUUGAUUUAAAAAAAAAAUUGAUAGAGGCCAAUAUCUGGGCAAAAAGCUAAUGGAUGCCAAAGAGAAAUACCCAUUUGUGAAUGAGAGAGUACCUUUGUACACAAGUAAAGGGUGAAUUUAAGCUAUCCAAAACUUCUCACUCAAUCUAAUUUAUUGUACAAAUAGUAACAAUAAAUAUUAAUGAGAACUAAUAUUCUGACUAUCUAAAAUUAGUUUUACUAGUACUCCAAAAAGCUAGAUUGAGAUGGAUGGGAAUGGGAAUGGGAAGGAAUUCGGACUAGAGAUUUAAAACGUGACGCCUAAAUUUGGGAGAAUUCUAUAAAUUGUUUUUGCAGAUUUACUAGAAAUUUUGUCAUUCUGUUUAAUCUUAAAUUUGGAUGUAGCUCACCUAUGACCACCACCAGAUAGUGUUACAGCUUGCAUCCAUCACGUUGCAUUGACACAUCCGGACUUCUGUGUGUUUGUUGUGAUUGCCAAAAGGGCUUACUAUCAGUUGUACAAUCUUUCUAAACUUUAUAGCUUCUGGCUCAGGAAAGAUAACCUUUGCUAUUGAAGCCUACUUCUUCACAUGCUGUUAUCUGUUACAGAGCCAUGAGAUCUUAUUAGCAGGUUUCCAUUAAAAGAGCAAGUAGUAUGUGUCUAUAUUCUUGAUAUAAACAUACCACCUCAGUGCUUACAACCUGGAACAAAACCAUAAUGAGAGGGGGGAAAAAUCUAUGCAUUUAACUUAUAGAAAUCUCUGGUAUUGACAGUCAUAUUCUUGCUACUAGCUGAGAAACGGUUUACUAUGAGGUAGGAAAAAUAGCCUGCUGGAUCCUAUCUAUGUUGAUUCACUUUAAACUGAAACUGUAUGAAACAUUCUUGAAAAUACUGUCCCCUUUUGACUUCGGUUCUUUCUGCCUUACAUUAAUUUUUCCAUUUUUGGUAACAAAUGAAACCUGCCACAUAUGUCUCAAACUUGUUAAAUAUUUGCUAUCUAAUAAUUCUUUUUUUUUUUAAUCUAAUAAUUCUUGUGUACACCCUAAAGAUUACUUAUUUUGGUUUUAAUCAAAUUAUUACCAGACUGAAACUCUUUUGUAGCAGGCUUCUGAAUUUUGAUAAUGAAGUGUCUUUUUAAAUACUUAAAUUUGAACAACUCUAAAAUGUUGGAAAUGGGAUCACAUAAGAGUUUUGAAGAUUUGAACUUAAGUUCAUUUCCUGUUAGUCAAACACAUUCUGUAACUUGGCAAAAGAAAUUGAGAGAAAUGGGAGGCAUGUUCUAUAGGACAACAUUGAGUUGACAGGUUGCAAUAAUGGUAAAUCAUGAAGCCAAGAUCCCUAUUCUGCCACCGCUGACACCAGGGUAGUCUUAUUAGCUUGAAAUUUAUAGGAAAUCAUUCAGUUAGCACAAGCAAAAGCUAGAGGUUUAAACUGCCAGUGCUAUGGUGUUUCAGUGUGUAAUGCAAGGAAGAAAUUUAUUCUUGAAUUUGAGGGCAAUGGGGUGGGUCAGGAAAGGAUGGCACCAGAAUUCCACAUGAUGCUGAACUUAAAAAUGUUGCUUUUCAGAAGAAGAUAAAGCAUCUGCUUUGGGUAGGGAGUAUCUCAUGUAAAAAUCUAAAUAAAAGAAAGAACUAGCCACUGUCUUUUUAAAUUAAAACCACAUAUACAGAAAGCAAAAUAGGUCUCAGUUUUCAGUGCAACAUUGCAAAGAGAAAUAUGCUGCAUUCUAGUAAUUAAAAGGAAUUUUAACUCUAUUAUGAAAUAUCCAUUAUUUUAAGUUAGAUUAUCCAUCUCAAAAGGAGUAUUCAGGUUAUUUCAUUUUGUUUUUAAAUGACUGCAUCAGAAAAAAAUGUCUAUUUUUUUUAAUUAAAAUAUUUCAUCACUUGUUAAAAACCUAUUUGGAUCUGAGUUGGGUAAAUUAUUAUUUUACCAGCUGUUGUACUUCUACCACAGACUAUUGACUUUCAGUUUCCUAAAGAGAAAAAUUGCCUUUUUAAUAUUAAUAGAACGCCUUUGUGUAUUAUCCAUUUUUCUCUUUAGGAAAACCUAAGGGUUCACUGUGGUUAGUCUUUCAGAAGAAAUGUGGAUUUGAUAAACUAGUGCCUAUGAUUUUAACUUAUGUUUAAUAUAGUAAGGGUUUUAUGAAUGUUGAUUAUUUUUUCGUGCCAACAACCCAGAAUUGUCACUUAUAUGUAAGCAGAAAACUAUGAGUUCUGCUUCCAAAGUUAUUUAAUUUUCUCAGUGUUUGAAUGUUAUUUUUUGUAAGUGUGUUAAUAAAAGUGUAAAGAAUUGGAAAAAUAUAAAUAUUCUUAACUCGAGCAUUUGCUGGAUCAUUUUUCUACAAACUUGUUUGUAUAAUAUAAAACACUCUCUGAGGAGUUGACUUUUUUCAGUUUUCAUACCCUGGAAAUCACAUUUUGUAAAACUGGGGACCAUUCAUAAUUGUCAUAUACUUUUUAAAAUUAUCACAGUACAUCACUUUUAUAAAAAAAAAAAAGUUUUCUUAAAAGGAAAUGAGAUACAUAUGUGGCCCCAGAUGUUUAUAUAACUCUAGAAUGAUCUAGACAAUGUAUGUUUAAAUUAACUUUUUAUUGACUGUACAGGUGUCCAUUUUUGACAUUACGCACGGUCCUUUUAGAUCACAUGAAGUUUGAUUUGCAAACAUUUAUAUAGCUGAACUUGUAUGUGUGGUUGCCUCCUUAAUAAACAGCCUGACCGUAAUGUUUAUUAUUAAAUUUA